GCCGACCACGAAGUGAGACAGAGGAGCAGCAGUAACCAUUAAAGCUCUUUAAAUGCAUACUGAUCAGAAGAAAUGUCAAGAGUUAGCUGGGUCGUCCUCUUUUUACCGCAAGAUAUAUUCUGAAGUAGAAGAAAUAGGGUGGGGAAAUCUUGUUAGAUUGGGAGAAGAUUUGACAUCUCUUAGUUUCCGCAUAAUAGACAAGAAGGGAAGAACACAUAUGAUGGGGAUAGAACUCGAUAAAGCCUACCCUAAAUCUCCCCCCUCAGUAUUAGUGGAUGUGCCUUGCGUCUUCAAUUUGCAAUGGUCGGUAAACUCCAAGCUAAAUGAUGUUCUGGAUCAGUUUAGACAGCAUCUGGAUAAGUUUCAACCCUUUUGGUCUACAGUGGAUGAAAUUGACAACUCUCUUCAGGUUUCUGGGCCUAAACAAACAUCUUUUGCCACAUCAUAUCGCCAAAUAGAUAUAGGCAAUGGUUGUUAUCUCAUCUUGUUUAUUGAUCCAAAUGACCCGAAUGCCCUGCCAGAGUGCCGCUUUAUUGGUCCAAAUUCUGAGGUCAAUGUACUAGUAGCAUCGUGGAGGACAAAUUGCCAAAGAUGGACUACAGACAAACUGUUUGUUGAGAAUCUCAAGAGCUUAUUGAAAAUCCAAUUACCCAGACAUUCUCAAGAGCAGAAGAGUGAUGAGCUGCCUGAAUGCGGGAUUUGUUAUUCACAAUAUCUCCCAGUUGACGAUGAGCUUGGAAGUGAUAGUGGAAGUGGCACAGAUUAUAAAUGUCAAAAUAACAGCUGCCAGAAGGCCUUCCACAGCAUUUGCCUUUUAGAUUGGCUUCGUUCCAUCACAACAACGAAACAGUCAUAUGAUGUUUUGUAUGGUAGUUGCCCUUACUGCUCAGAUCCUGUUCGAGUCAAAAUCAACUUCGCCAGCAAGUAAAACAGUCGCAUUUGAACUAUUUUGGAGACUUCUAGCUCACCGCCAUUGGACUCGUUGCAUUCUCAAAUCCUCAAUUGCUGUUUUCUCUGUGGGUGUUUAUCUUUUUGUCUAUGUCAUGCUCCACCGAAGCUCAUAAAUCUAGUGUUUAAACUUAGCAUCUACAGCAAUGAGGUUUGUAUAGAAAAUAGUUGCAGUAUUAAGCAUUAUAAUUAAUGAUGAUAUUUUUCAAUCAUGACAUUAAUGACUCCUAUUUGUGUAAGAAAAAAUAACAGUCAUAUUUUGAAAUUUUGAAACCUGUUUACUCCUAUUUAGAGCAAUUUCCCCUAAAUUAACUAAUACUCCGUAUAAACUUUCUUUACAACUCCUAUUAGUACCAUUUUAUUUUCUUGUUUCCAAAGUAUAGUUACUAAAAUAUACUAACCCUCAAAACUUAACACAUGGUUUUGUUCGUUUUUAUCAACUCAUCUGGAUCAGGUCUAAACCGUCCAGAUAUUACUAAUUUGACAACUGAAAAAAUUGUUGUGCAGUGUUGGCCUUUUAAGAUGUUCCGUGUUUCCUAAACGGUCAUGUAGUUUAUACUUUAUGGAUCCUUGUUUAUAGAUGUUUAUUUUUUAUAUUCUGAGAUAUCUUUUCUAGAUUUAUGUUGUGUAUUUUGUAGAUUGAUAGAUCAAAUAUACCUGUAGAGUUGUAGAAAUAAAAUUAACUCUGCUGCUGUCUGCUGAAGCGGUCUGCGAAUCAGAUAGCUCAUGAUCUUGCUAGGGCUAUUGUUUAUUUGUCUGAUCGCUGGGUGUGGAUUUAUAAUUUCCCUCCUUGUAUUAAAACUUCAUUGGACUUUGAUUUUAUUAAUAAUAUUUAACUAGGUUUCCUUAAAAAAAGAAACUCUGCUGCUAAAAUCUUAUUAAUAAUGCAUAAUAGUAAUAGCUCAACCCUUAAUCAUUUAAAAAAGGUAUUUGUAAUGGUGUUAAUUGAACAAAUCAAAUAUAGUGUAUGAACUCGUCAAUUCCUAAAAAUAAAGCAAAGAAAAUAUAUUACACUGAUAUUGUACAACUGAAUUUCAUCCCAAUGUGUAUUUAAAUUUAGAAAAAUUGAUCGUAAUAAUCCCGACUAUUGGUGGUCUGCUCAUAAUAAUUCCAACUAUCGAUUAUUUCAGAAUAAUCCCAACUUUAGGGACCUUCCGCCAAUAAUGGUCAGACGUGACUGACUAUCAUAAAUUCCUAUAGUUUCUAAAGAGAUAUAUCAUGUAAUCCCUAUAAAUAAUCCUAAAUUUUAAUUUUUACGCUUCAUUUCUAUUAAAAAUUCACUUGUUAGAGCAUGUAAUAUGCGAUCAUGGACCAUUAUUGGCGCACGGUUCAUAUAGUUGGGAUUAUACAAAAAUAAUCAAUAGUUGGGAUUAUUGUUAGCGGAUUGGUAGUAGUUGGGAUUAUUAUUUUCAUUUAUUCCUUUAAAUUUUCGUACGCUUCAGCACCAUGAAAAAAAGUUUAACUUGCUAGACAUGAAUUUCUUCAUUGUUGCUCAUAUGGAGGAAAUUGGGUUGGUAGUGUCAACCGCAGUCCCGCUUUGUUAGAAAAUGAAUCUUAGACCUUAGACCCUAUUUGAAAAUGCUCACAAUCACACUUAUUAUUUUUCUUUUUCUUAUUAUAAAUUUAACAAAGUUUAUCGUGUUCCAUAAGUUACAUAACUUACAUUAAACUACACUAGUCUUACAUAUUUUCGUACACAGUUUGAACUUUAUUAACACAAUUACACCCAACAUAUAGAUGGAGUAUAUUAUCACAUACCCCGAGGGUAUAGAGACAAGUAAUCUAGAAUUAUAUUGGGGUAGAGGUCAUCUACAUAGUGACUGGCUGAGGCCCAACGUUGAGGCCAGUAUCAUAGUUUAGGCCCGACUCCUCAUUGACGAGCAUGUUCUAUUAUGCGUCGAGUUAUAUCAACGAGGUUGAACAUGAUUAUCACCAUGCCAGGAUUGCGCACCGAUGCCACUCAAUGAGGUCAAACGGAUCUGAUCUGCCUUAGCUUGAUUACAGUUCCUACACUUAACUGUUUUUCGGGCGUUAGACAUGCAUAUCAAGAGCUUACGUCAAAACUGCUAUUGCUAACAUCACAAUCCGAUUUCUAAGGGCUGACUUCACUGUUUACAUUAGAGUCUAACUCUCAAAGGUUGAACCAUCGAUGACAUCAUCCUACAUCAGCAUGACACACUGAUUGACAUCACCAUGCAUGUCCCCCACCCAAGUCUACCAAAGGUCACUCGUCGUCUCCUCAUUAUCUAAUAGUUUUGGACUCGGGGUUCAAUCCUUGUAUUGUGCCUAUAAAUAGCACCUUUCCUUUGAGAAAGAGAUCCAAAAUGUAUUGCUUGUACUGUUAUUUUUCCAAAUUUAAUACAUAACACAUCAUUUGGUGCUUUUGAAGAAUGGCAAAAGUGAGGUGCGAUGCCCACCUUUCCUUCCCUUUCAAUGUAACAAAAGCAUCCAAGAUUCUUGUGGCCGGAAAUCAUGCUCAUAACUUGGGACACCAAUGUAAGGCUAGACUAUUGAAUGGAAAGACUUUAAAGAUAAUGAUGGCACCAUUGAUAACCCGGGCUUUCUCAACCCGGAUGGCUAAAUAGUUACCAUUUUCUCUUUUCUCUUUUCAUAUAUAUAUGUAAGGUCCCGAAAAUUAAAAUAAGAGAGAUAUUUAAUGAAGAAUUUAGAUUGAAAACCUGAAGUCUUUCUUUCUUCUAUUUUUCAUUUUUACAAGGAAUCAUUAAAGCGCUGAUAAGUCCGUAUUACAACACGCAUUUGAUGCAUGUUGGGAUCGGUUUUUUAUGUUUUCCCUAACUUUUAGUCGUCACAAAUCUCAAUUUUAGCUCAAGUUAUGUGUACCAGGCGUCGGUUCGAGUUUUGUGUUAUUUGGAGUCAAAAUCAGGAAUUUCGAGUCCGGCACCGGCGCUUGAAGAGAAAUCGGGACAACUUGAGAAGCAUUCGAGAGUGAAUUGAUAGCUUUGGAGGUCAUCGGGAGGUUCACCAAUGAAGAUUUGAUGAUAAAAGAGCUCUAGGAUUGGCUACGGGAUCAAAAGAAGACAAAUAGAGCUUGAAAACGUCGUUCAGAAUGUCCUUAUGUCAAUCGUUCAAACAUAUCUCUUUGUAGAAGCAUCUAAAGGACACGAUUCAAGUUGAAUAUGAAAGCCAACUCCAAGGGCUAUAAAUCAUAUGAAGACACGAUUGCAAGAAUCUGAGAAGAAGAAGGUGAAAACAGACGAUGAAGUCAGAUGAUCCCUAUUGCGUUUUCAGAAUGAGACCUUCCACCAUUUUAUUAAUAUCUCAUGAUUGGAUGAUUUAAAUCCAAUUCUUCAAGUGGUGGUGGAUAGAGGACUUCAUUAUCUACAACUUUCAUGAAGGAAGUUUUGUAAAAUUCGAACUAGAGAAGCCAGAAAACUCACUGGCAGCCACGCACGCGUGUGUGUGGUGGACGCAUGCGUGCGUCCAACGUUUUUUACGCGCAAGUCUGUCGGACGCACGGACGCAACGCACGCGUGUGUGGGCGCCGUGCGUGCCCCCUGGAGUCCUAAUUUCGCCCGAAUCGCUCCGAUUUUACUAUUUAAACAGCCUGUAAAUCCCCAUUUUGAAGGGGGAGCUUAGAGAGAGGCCUAGGGACGAAAUUUCUUCUACUUUUCUAUCUUGUUCUUCAAUUUCCUUGGAUUAUUUGUAAGUUCCAUCUUUUUAAUUAAUGAUAAUUAAUUCUAUUUUUCCCAAUUCUAUUGAUUCUUCAAUUAUGAGUUGUGAGUAGUUUUAAUUAGGGAUUUGGGAUUGAUGAAGGGGUUAAUCAUGAUCUAU